CGGAAGGCUCACAGGGCAGACGCUUUGGAACGGGCAGGUGGGGAGCCCCCAGCAAUGCCCCUGCCCCGCGCCUGAGGACGGCAUGGAGCUGAGAGUUCUCCUCCUGUUGCUGCUCUGCUGCCCAGGUCUCCCAGCCCAAACACCUGAAGCUGAGAUUAGCCAACGGGAAGGAAGCACGUUCUCUAUCGAAUGCCCUUACACAACACAGCCUGACAACAAGCAACUGAAAGCCUGGUGCCGCCUGAGGAACGCACGAUGCGAGCUUGUAGUGCUGACACUUGCCUCAAUGCAGUACAGAUACUCAGACAGGGCCAGGCAGGGCCACAUUACAAUACAGGAUGGCAACAGGACUGUGUCCAUCACCAUGUCUGAGCUCCAGGCAGAGGACUCAGGCAUAUAUUCCUGUGUGUACAGCAGCAACUAUGUUCCACUGAAGACCAUCUCGCUGAAUGUUUACAAGGAGUUACACAGGUGGGAGCUGGACGGUCUGUCCGUGCAGUGCCCAUACGGGGCCCUGGGUCACAGCGGGGGAAGAAAAGCCUGGUGCCAACAACGAGGUGAGGCUGAGUGCUCCCUCAUAGUGAGCACACGUUACUCUCACACGUGGGGCAGCAGAGGAAGAGUCUGGAACAGAAGCAGCUCAAUCCAGGACGAUGCCCAGAGAGGGAUUGUCACCAUCACCAUGGACAAGCUGCAGGCACAGGACUCUGGUGUGUACUGGUGUGCGCUCUACAACCCCUUUCAACGCCCUGCAUUCACCCGGAUAAUGGAGGUCAGGCUCUCUGUGGACAAGAGUGAGUACCUGCUGGCAGAUUCUGGCCUCACCUCCCUGGCUCAUCUCCCUUCUCCCCUGUGCCCACCAAGGAGCCCAGUGCCAUCCAUGUGCACCACAGACCCACAUCACUCCCUGCAGACUCAACACUGGGGCUCCCAAAACCACUGAGAACUACUGACUUGUGUGAAAACAUGGCUGGCUGUAGACUCCAGAUUCACUUUCCUACUCCCCCUCUACUUUUUGUGCUGUCCAAAUUAGUGCAUCUUCCAGUGGGGUACAUUAGGAUGAUUUUCUAUGCCCAAGCCCUACAUGAUUUUACUUUCUCACAGACAUUUUGUUACGGAACAGCAGCAGGAAUCUGACCUUACACAGAUGUACUGUUGCUUCUCUUGUAUUUUAGAGAAGUUUCAGUCAUAUUCAGAGGUGUUCCUACCACCCAUGCUCAUGACACUACUUCUGUUCCUUUAUAGCAACUCAUCCCUUGGUUUUCAAAGGCUAUUAAGACUUUCGCAUUUGGUUGCAACACAGAUUUAGACCCAUAUUUUACAGAUGUUUUUAUCUCUUUCAGCAUUCUCUUAAUAAGAGAUAAUAUUUAGGCACUUGAUUCUGGCAAACCAACGCCAUGCUGUGCUCUGUCAGGAAUCUGGCAGAGCAUCACUGCAGGAAUAUAGCAACCCAGAUGCCCUGAGGGGACAGCUCAGCACUUCCAACUGCACUUACAGUACUUCUGCUACACACUGUGUCGGCAUGGAAAGCAGGGUCCUUCCCUCUCCCUUCUACCUUUUCAUCCUUACACUGCUUUGCUUGCUCACAGCAGGUCCUGAUGACACAAGUUACACCCUGGGCACUUCGUGUUGGUGCACACAGAUUUAUGUCCGUGGUAGCAAUGGCAGGGAAGUUUAGACGGUAAUGGCAAAACAGCCCAGUAAUUAUUCUCCUAUUCAUGUUUGUG